GCCCACUGCGGAUUCUCCGAGAAAAACACUGUCUUGCCUCACUAUCAUAAAGAUUUAUAAAAGAGCGAGACAAAGCCCGAAACCGAAACCCGAUAAAUCCCCGAAAAGUCGUUGUCCCGUAUCAGCCAUGGCCUGUGCAAGCUUCGCCAAGCUAAACGCCGCGUCGUCUCAAUGGAUCGGCCAACAAUCCUUCACGCAACGCUCCGGAUCGUCUGCCUCGACUCGUUUCGCAACUCGCCGAGUUUCCCUCCCGAUCCGCGCCAGUUCUUACACCGAUGAACUCGUCAAGACUGCCAAAACUGUUGCAUCGCCUGGUCGUGGUAUUCUUGCUAUUGAUGAGUCGAAUGCAACUUGUGGAAAGAGAUUGUCCUCAAUUGGGUUGGACAACACUGAGGCCAACAGACAGGCUUACAGACAACUUUUGCUGACUACUCCUGGUCUUGGUGAGCAUAUCUCUGGUGCCAUUCUUUUUGAGGAAACACUUUACCAAUCAACUACAGAUGGAAAGAAGUUCGUGGAUUGCUUGCGCGAGGAGAAUAUCAUGCCUGGUAUUAAAGUCGACAAGGGUUUGGUUCCUCUACCAGGAUCAAACAAUGAAUCUUGGUGCCAAGGUUUGGAUGGAUUGGCGUCAAGAUCUGCUGAAUACUACAAGCAAGGUGCUCGAUUUGCCAAGUGGAGGACAGUUGUUAGCAUCCCAUGUGGUCCUUCUGCUCUUGCUGUUAAGGAAGCUGCAUGGGGACUUGCACGAUAUGCUGCCAUCUCUCAGGACAACGGUCUUGUGCCGAUAGUGGAACCUGAGAUUCUUCUUGAUGGAGACCACCCAAUUGAGAGGACCCUUGAAGUGGCAGAGAAGGUCUGGUCAGAGGUCUUUUUCUACUUGGCCGAAAACAAUGUCAUUUUUGAGGGAAUCCUCCUUAAGCCCAGCAUGGUCACACCGGGAGCUGAACACAAGGAAAAGGCUUCCCCUGAGACCAUUGCUAAAUUCACGUUAACAAUGCUUAAGAGAAGAGUCCCCCCAGCAGUUCCUGGAAUCAUGUUUUUGUCAGGAGGACAAUCCGAAGUGGAAGCAACUCUGAAUUUGAACGCAAUGAACCAAGCCCCCAACCCAUGGCAUGUGUCCUUCUCAUAUGCACGAGCACUGCAGAACACUGUCCUUAAAACAUGGCAAGGUCGCCCUGAGAACGUUGAAGCUGCCCAGAAGGCACUGUUGGUUCGCGCAAAAGCAAACUCUCUGGCUCAACUUGGAAAGUACUCCGGGGAAGGUGAAAGUGAAGAAGCCAAGAAAGGAAUGUUUGUUAAGGGCUACACCUACUAAGCCAAAAGUUGAGACAACCGGUGCCUCUUGGUCUUGCAUAGAUAUGCACUUCUUUUUUAAUUUUUCUUGUUAGCUAUUUUGAUGUUAUGAGAAGACUUAAAAAUUAUCAGACAUAAGGUUUUUAAGUUGAUUUUUCUCAAGGUUAGAGAGCUUGAAUAAUACCUGUGAGCAUAAUGAAAUUUUACACAAACUGUAGCCCAGGAGACGAAGCAAGGGGCUGUUAAAAGCAUGUUUCCAUGUAUUUCUACAAAUUUUAAGUUUAAUGUUAUUGAGAUUUGCUGA